AACAUUCUCAUCGGAUGCGACAAAUUGAAACUUACUGAAGGCCAACGCAAUUCCAAACAUCAAGUCAAAAAGUAGAGACGUGGAAAAUGAGGAGAGGAAAUCCAAGUUAGGACGAACAACGGAAAGAGAAAAGGAAAUGAGGUAUGCCGCAGACGUCACAGUAGAAGAUCUUCAUCCUGAGAAUCCCGAUCCCCUCCACGUUAAACAGGAAGAGGAGUCGGAGAUGCCGUGUAUCAAACAGGAGGCGGAGCCAGAGACCCCUGACAUUAAAGAAGAAAAACAGGAAGUUGGAAUCCCCAAGUUUCCAAUGUGUGUCAGUGUGAAGCUCGAAGGAGAUGAUGGUCCGAGCGAAGAGGGUGGAGAUGUGAACCCCUCGAGCGACAGCUCAUUUCAGCACUUGACAACAAAAGGAGAGGGACGAUUGCAACCGGACGGCCUCUUAGCUCCGCUUUCGGACAGCGACGACGUAACGUCACACUCUUCUGACUUUAACACUGAUGAUGAUGACUUUGACCAAAAUGAUCCAAAAUCCUCAAACAAGUCAUCAUUGAAAAGGGACACAAAAGAAUGCUUGGCUGGGAAACCUUUUCCCUGCUCCGUUUGCGAGAAAAGGUUUUCUUGGAAGACUGAGUUAGAAAGACACACCCGUACACACACUGGAGAAAAGCCUUUUGUCUGCACAUGUUGUGGUAAAAGAUUCACUGAAAAGGGAAAUUUAAAGAAACACACGCGUACACACACGGGAGAAAAGUCUUUUCCCUGCUCAGUUUGUCAUAAAAAAUUCUGUCAUAAGGGAGCUUUAAAAAGACACGCAACAACACAUACUGGAGAGAACCCAUUUGCCUGCUCCUAUUGUGAGAAAAGAUUUUAUUGUAAGUCUCAGUUGACAAGACACAUAUUUACACACACUGGAGAGAAGCCUUUCGCCUGCACACUUUGUAACAAAAGAUUUUCUCGGAAGAUUCAUUUAAAAACGCAUGAGCGUACACACACUGGAGAGAAGCCUUUCGCCUGCACACUUUGCAACAAAAAAUUUGCUCAGAAGAUUGUUUUAGAACGACACAUACGUAUACACACUGGAGAAAAACCUUUUGUCUGUACAUGUUGUGGUAAAAGAUUCACCGAGAAGGGAAAUUUAAACAAACACACACGCACACAUGCUGUAGAAUAGCCUUUUCCCUGCUCGGUUUGUGAGAAAAGAUAUUUUUCGAAGACUGAUUUCGAAAAGCAGCAGCGUACACACACUGGAGAAAAGCCUUUUGUCUGCACAUGUUGUGGUGAAAGAUUCACCCAGAAGGGCGUUUUAAACAAACGCACACACACUGGAGAAAAGCCUCGUCCCUGCUCUGUCUGUCAUAAAAGAUUCCAUUAGAAGGGAACUUUAAACAGACACUCAACUACACACACUGGAGAGAAACCGUUUGCCUGCUAACUUUGAGGUAAAAGAUUCGCUCAGAAAGGAUAUUUAGUAAAGAUGUGACUGAAAAUUAGGCAGCGAAAAUAGCAAAUAUUGUAUUUUCCGUUAUCGGUUAAAAGGCCAAAAGUAUACCACAGGAAGGUGUGAAGAAGCUUAGUCCUCUUGUGAUGAGGUUAUCGAAACGCAACAAGCUAACACUACUGUGGCCUAUACUACGAACUGAGUUCAACCUCCCCAGAAGUAAUCCAGUUUACCAGCGGGUAACCAGAGUUGACAAAACCUGGUUGUCUAGUUUGUGGUCAGUCGGUGCUACGACGCUGAUUAUGAGGUUGAUUAGUCGAACCUGUGUCAACCCAGUCAGAGUUACUGCGCGUUCACAUAAAAGGGGGCGGAGACCAGAGUCAAACACUACUUGUGACGAUGGCAUGGGCACCUUACUUCACGGAGGAGGAAUGCGCGAUGAUCAUGCGGAGUUAUGAGGAAUUAAAAUCCACCCUCACCGUGAAAUCGAACACAGUUUCAGCGAGUAGAGCGCGACGGGUCUGUUGACAGCGAAUUUACAGAUCGUGUGAUUUGUGAAUCCGUCAAUAUGCCAGUUUACUUAUGUCCAUGCAAAGAAAUAAAGCCUGCUGUCAGGACAAUAAAAUAAGAUUUGGUACGUUAACAGUAAGAAAUAAUUUAUCGCGCAUCACCACAUGAAGCAGGAUAAUUGUAUGUUUAGUCCCAUUGACUGUAUGAAUACGUAUGUCCUUUUUUUUUCUCCUUAGUUUGGGCCUAAAAAAAUCAAGCCCGACCUGACCCGACCCCGAUCAAUUAACUUGAUUUGCAGGCCCGAGCCCGACCCAACCACCCCCCCCCCCCCCUCCAAAAUUUUAUGUUAUCUUUGUGAGGACUCAGGAGAAGAAGGAAAUGCGGGGAUGCCAUGCGUUGUUGCGUGAAUUAAAGCCCGUCUUUUGUAACGAAUUUUCACAGUUAAACAAGACUGUUAAGAUGAGUAUUCAAUAAACAUUUAUAUCUUUUAUAUUUGUGCGUCUGUCCUAUCAGUGGAUUUGACAUUUAAUCUCUUCGAGUUGGCAGAAAAAAACGCAAGUUUUCUCAAUGUUUAAAUAGUCUACAUAUUUCUAUGAUUAUUAUUAACUCAUUUACACAACGAAAUAACGCUGGAAAAGUCCGUUAAAUAUAUUUCUUGUAUAUGAGAGCAAAGCUCCGCAUUUGUUUACAUUCAGCAAUUUCAACGAUCAAUUUGAAGCGUUUCCAUACCCCACUUUGAAUCGCACGGCAUACAGUGUUCUUACGCAGAUAUUCAGCAUCACCAUUGGAAUGCAUAUAUUGUCCCUGGCGAAAGAGCGCACGGAGAGGCACACAAUCUGCCCGUUUGUGAGGGCCUGACUUUGGCGGGUUACAUUAUAGUGACGUCCGCCUCGAUCAGUUGGCACAGGUAAAGAAUUCCCUCAGCUGAAGUUGGCACAGGUAAAGAAUUCCCUCAGCUGAAAAUCUACAUCUUUCAUGGAGAACAUCUUCCGGGUACGCCAGCGGAUUCUGGCGGUCUCCAAAAACCCGGGCACUCCGAAGAGAGCCCCUCACAAUCCGCGCGCCAAUGUCGUAUGGGUCGUCCAGGUACGCUGUCAUUGUCAGGAGGACACGUCCGCGGAGGAGUGCUGUUUAAUUAUAGCGUGGUUAAUUAGAAUUCUGGGGUUAAGCAGGAUCUAACUCUGAGACGACCAGGUUUGGCGUGUGGCGUGUGUUGCCAUGGCAACACUUCUCGGUUCCAACAUAUCCACCUUUUGUAGUCUCGCUUAGCUGCGAACUUAGGUCGCACGUGAGGAAGUUACUGUCGAAGUUACCCUGCUAAGCCAGAAAACUGGCUUCGUAGUAUAGGCCACUGGUUCACAGCCGACAUGUCCAUGAUUUGGAAGUAUUUUGUUUUGACGUCGAAAGACGCAAAACACCUAAUGAUUCCAGGAACAUAGUGUUUGGGUCUUUCAAGAUGUGUGACUUUUAUUUAUUAUUAUUAUUUUUUAAACUUCCUCUAUGGGGAACAAUUUUUAGAGCAAUUCUCUGUUCUAUAUGAAAAUCAAC